CCACCAUUUCUGGAAGAAGGGAAUCGCGGUCGCCAGUGUCCGUAUACUUUGAGUCGGUUCAAAUGGAACCAUCUUUUUUCAACGCAAUGAAACAAUCCAUCGAUCUCCAUUUCUAGAUUCAAGGAGAAAACAUCGCCUCCUCGUCUUCCACAAAAUUAGGCAUUUGAGAUAAACCAAGAGAUAGGCAAACUCAAAAGUUGAAAAAGAUGACGUGGUUUAGGGCUGGAUCUGGUGUAGCUAAGCUUGCAAUCAAAAGAAGCUUAUCACAAACUGGAACAUAUGCAGCAAGGAAGCAUUUUCUUCCUUCACAAACUCGACAUUUUCACACAACACUUUUCAAAUCAAAAGCACAAUCUGCACCUGUCCCAAGACCUGUCCCCCUUUCUCGCCUAACAGACAGUUUCUUAGAUGGAACUAGCAGUGUCUACCUUGAAGAGCUUCAAAGAACUUGGGAAAACGACCCACAAAGUGUCGAUGAAUCAUGGGACAAUUUCUUCAGAAACUUUGUAGGCCAAGCUUCCACAUCCCCUGGAAUAUCUGGCCAAACAAUCCAAGAAAGCAUGCGUUUGUUGCUUCUUGUUAGAGCUUACCAAGUAUAUGGCCACAUGAAAGCCAAAAUCGAUCCAUUGGGUCUUGAAAAACGUGAAAUCCCAGACGAUUUAGACCCUGCUUUCUAUGGUUUCACUGAAGCCGAUUUAGAUCGUGAGUUUUUCCUCGGUGUAUGGAGAAUGUCUGGUUUCUUAUCCGAAAAUCGCCCUGUUCAAACCCUUAGAUCAAUCUUAACAAGACUCGAACAAGCUUAUUCUGGAAGCAUUGGUUAUGAAUACAUGCAUAUUGCUGAUCGUGAAAGAUGCAACUGGUUAAGAGACAGAAUUGAAACCCCAACUCCCACUCAAUACAACAGUGAAAGACGUGAAGUCAUUCUUGAUAGACUCAUUUGGAGCACACAAUUCGAAAACUUCUUAGCCACAAAAUGGACAGCUGCUAAAAGAUUCGGUCUUGAAGGAGGUGAGACUUUAAUCCCAGGCAUGAAAGAAAUGUUUGACAGGUCAGCAGAUCUUGGUGUUGAAAGCAUUGUAAUCGGAAUGUCCCACAGAGGAAGAUUAAAUGUGUUAGGAAACGUUGUGAGAAAGCCAUUAAGACAAAUCUUCAGUGAAUUUAGUGGAGGAACAAAACCUGUUGAUGAAGUUGGGCUCUACACUGGAACAGGUGAUGUGAAAUACCACUUGGGUACUUCAUAUGAUCGCCCAACAAGAGGUGGAAAGAGGAUACAUUUGUCUUUAGUUGCAAACCCUAGUCAUUUAGAAGCUGUUGACCCUGUUGUGGUUGGAAAAACAAGAGCAAAACAGUAUUACUCAAAUGAUGCUGAUAGAACAAAGAACAUGGGAAUCUUGAUUCAUGGAGAUGGAAGUUUUGCAGGGCAAGGUGUGGUGUAUGAGACUUUACAUUUAAGUGGUCUUCCAAAUUACACUACAGGUGGAACAAUUCAUAUUGUAGUCAACAAUCAGGUUGCUUUCACUACUGAUCCACAAGCUGGAAGGUCAUCACAGUAUUGUACAGAUGUUGCUAAAGCUUUGAAUGCUCCUAUUUUUCAUGUCAAUGGUGAUGAUGUGGAAGCGGUUGUUCAUGCUUGUGAGCUUGCAGCGGAAUGGCGUCAGACAUUCCAUUCCGAUGUUGUUGUUGACAUUGUUUGUUAUCGGAGGUUUGGGCAUAAUGAGAUUGAUGAACCUUCUUUUACACAACCUAAGAUGUAUAAAAUCAUUAGGAAUCAUCCUUCUUCACUUGAAAUUUAUCAGAAGAAGCUUCUAGAAACUGGGCAAGCUACAAAAGAAGAUAUUGAUAGAAUUCAAAGCAAGGUUACCUCCAUUCUUAAUGAAGAGUUUCUUGCUAGUAAGGAUUAUGUCCCUCAAAGAAGAGAUUGGCUUUCUGCUUAUUGGCUUGGAUUUAAAUCCCCUGAACAACUUUCACGUAUUCGUAACACUGGGGUGAAACCUGAGAUUUUGAAGAAUGUUGGAAAGGCGAUUACAACUCUUCCGGAAACUUUUAAGCCUCAUAGAGCUGUUAAGAAGAUAUUUGCAGACCGAUUUAAGAUGAUUGAAAGUGGAGAGGGUGUUGAUUGGGCAGUUGCAGAAGCUCUUGCUUUUGCAACAUUACUUGUGGAAGGAAAUCAUGUGAGAUUGAGUGGACAAGAUGUUGAAAGAGGAACUUUUAGUCACAGGCAUUCUGUUAUCCAUGAUCAGGAAACAGGGGACAGAUACUGUCCGUUGGAUCAUGUAAUGAUGAAUCAAAAUGAGGAAAUGUUUACUGUUAGCAACAGUUCUCUUUCGGAGUUUGCUGUUUUGGGAUUUGAGUUGGGAUAUUCAAUGGAAAACCCUAAUUCGUUGGUGUUAUGGGAAGCUCAAUUUGGGGAUUUUUCGAAUGGAGCUCAGGUGAUAUUUGAUCAGUUUUUGAGCAGUGGGGAGGCUAAGUGGCUGAGACAGACUGGCUUAGUCGUGUUGCUACCUCAUGGUUAUGAUGGUCAAGGCCCUGAACACUCUAGUGCAAGACUUGAGCGCUUUCUUCAGAUGAGCGAUGAUAAUCCUUUUGUUGUACCUGAAAUGGAACCAACACUCCGCAAUCAAAUCCAAACAUGCAACUGGCAAGUUGUCAACGUCACAACUCCCGCAAAUUACUUCCAUGUGUUACGUCGACAGCUGCAUAGGGAGUUCCGCAAGCCACUUAUUGUAAUGUCCCCGAAAAAUCUACUUCGUCACAAAGAAUGCAAAUCAAAUCUAUCAGAGUUUGACGAUGUCCAAGGUCACCCAGGUUUUGACAAACAAGGAACAAGAUUCAAACGUCUGAUAAAAGACCAAAAUGACCACUCAGAUCUUGAAGAGGGAAUUAGACGUUUGGUUCUUUGCUCUGGAAAGGUUUAUUAUGAACUUGAUGAAAAGAGGAAGUCAAUUGAUGGCAAAGACGUUGCAAUUUGCAGAGUCGAACAGCUUUGCCCCUUCCCAUAUGACCUCAUCCAGCGUGAACUCAAGCGAUAUCCAAAUGCAGAAAUUGUGUGGUGCCAGGAGGAGCCAAUGAACAUGGGAGCCUACAGUUACAUUGCCCCCCGCCUUGCUACCGCCAUGAAAACACUCAACAGAGGCACCAUUGACGAUGUCAAAUACGUCGGCCGUGCUCCCUCUGCCGCCACCGCCACCGGUUUCUACACCGUUCAUGGAAGAGAACAGUCGGAACUUGUCCAAAACGCCCUCCAAUCUGAACCCAUCACCACCAACCCCACCCUAUGCUAAAACCCUAAUUCCCGGGUUUUUGUCUUUUUGUGGAGUGAUGUGCGGGGAUGUUUAUUUUUGAUUUUAUUUGCUAAUCGGGGAAAAAUGUUAUGUAAUAAUUACAACCAAGGUGAGAUUUGUAUACGUCUCCUGCCAUGUGUUCAUGGCGUAAUCAGUUUUUUUUUUUUAUAUGUGUUGGUGAAUCUUGAUGAUGAUAUCUGAAAAUGAUUUAUUUUUGAAA